AUGACGUUUAUUCACGCUUUUUUGAGCGAACUAGCUGAUAAAAUUCCAAAGAGUCCACCCUCUUUAAGCGACGCAGCUCUGCAAGCACUAGAACAUUGUCGUGUAGAUUUUGAGAGAAAAAAUCCAUAUAACGACAUCAAGCAAAUUUUACGAUACGAGCGUGUCUUAACAAAGGCAGAAAUUGACAAUAUAGAUGGAAAACAAAAUAUAGCUAAUCGAUCUGUAGCUUUAAUGGAAAUCCUUUUAACUCGUGACGAUGACGAUAUUUUAGUAGUUUGCGACGCAUUAGAAAAGUCCCCUGUACGUUCAUUAAAUACUUUAGGAAAAAGAAUGAAGCAUGAAAAUCCAGAUAGCCCACCCUCUUUAAGCAGCGUAACACCUCUUGCAUUAGAGCAUUGUCGUGCAGAAUUUGAAAGAAAAAAUUCAUAUGACGAAACAAGGCAAACUUUGCGACGCGAGUUUGUCUUAAUUCCGGCAGAAGCUGAGAAUAUAAAUGGAAAACAAAAUACAACUGAUCGAUCUGAGGCUUUAAGGGAGGAUUGUAGGAGAUUUCUAAAUGAUUCUAAGGCAUCUCUUGAACGAUUAGAUUCCACGAAUGAAAUUGAGAAUAUAAAUGGAAUGCAAAAUCCAGCUGAUCGAUCUGUAGCUUUAAUGGAAAUACUUUUAACUCGUGACGAUGACGAUUUUUUAGUAGUUUUUGACGCAUUAGAAAUAUCCCCUGCACGUUCAUUAAACACUUUAGGAAAAAGAAUGAAACGUAAGUUCGAAGAAUUCAAGUGUUGA